AAGAAACUUUUCAAGUCAGUGCCCGUUAUUACGUAGAGCGCAACAUUCAUGGUAGACGCGCUGAUAUUAACGUUGUUGUUGUGUGCGUAUUAUUAAUAUAGUGUAGUUGUAAACAACAACACAAACAACUGCCAUGAUAAUGAUGAUGAUGAAGAUGAUGAUGGUGUUGUGUUUUUAUUGUUGUUGUUGUUGACGAUGAUUGUGAUUGUGAUGACGACGUUUUCGUUUUGACAACUUGGAAUUUGACUUCUUUUGCACUUACGACCUGAACAAUCAGGUCAGAAUAGUAGUAAAAAAAAAGAAGAAAAUGUUUAAAAAAAUAAAACACACACAAUAAUAAGUGCAGGGAAAUUAUUGUAAAAAACAAACAACAGCCAUGUUGUUUUUUUAAAAAUAAUUAGAAACAAAUAGUGUAAAUAAUUUGUACAGAAAAAGAAAAGUGGAAAAAUAUUACAAACCGAAUUGAAGUUUAUGUAAAAAUAAAAAUUCUAUAAUGUAACAUUUUGUCAAUGAAAGUAAAGAGGAGAAAAAAAGACGUCAAAUUGUCGUUUGUUAUACAAGUGCGUGUUUGGCAACGUGGCGCCACUAAAAUAAUAUCCCCGGUUUUAUAUUAAAAUCAACGAAACAAAAAAAGCCAUAAAAAUAUACAUAUAUAUGUAUUUAAAUAUAUUUCUAUGCAAGAAGAAAUAAAACUCAUAAAAUAUAUAUGUAUUUCAUUAACUGACAAAAUUAAAGCAAAUAUUUCAACAAUAACAACAACAAAAAUGAAAGAUCUAAAGACUAAAUAAAAGCAAAAAAAACCUAACAAUAGAAAAUAUUCCUAAAAAGCAAAAUGAAAUUCUAAAAAAAACGAUAAAAACAUUAAUACCAAAAUAAAAAAAAAUUGCAAAAAGUGUAAAUAUUUAUAUGUAGAAAAAGAAAUAAUAAACUAAAAGUGAGUAAAAUAAAUACAAAAACAAAUAAAAGUUGUAAAAAUAUGUAAAAAAAAAAAAACAAAAUAAAUCUUUAUUUAAAAAAACCUUAAACAAAAAUCCCUAAAAAAAAUAAUUCUUUUUAAAAAUAAGUCCGUCCACAAUCAAAAUUUUGUGUUUGCUAACGAAAGAAAAUAAAAUAUUUUAUAUAAAUUAUAAAAAAAAACAAAAUAAUUGAGUUAUUUAAAAUUUAAAAAAGAAAAAACUAAAUAUUACAUUACAAACAUAUAAGCAAUUCUUUGAACAGCCUUGGAAAAUAAAACAACAACUAAACUAAUUCUAUUACUAAAUCCCAAAUAUCAUCAGCAACACCAGCACCAACAACGUUUUUUUUAUUAUUAUUAAUGUUAUUGUAAAACAGCAGCAGCAGCAGUAAAAAAAGGAUACGUAUUAUAAAAUAUAGUUUGGCUUUAACAUUAUACUCUUCCUCUUUGUUGCUCUUUCUCUCUUCCUACUGUAACACGCGCGCUCUUGUUUUGUGCUACUCUUCGUCUUGUGUAUUAAAUAACUGUUUUAUUGGUGAAAAAAACCUGUUUUGUUUAUAUGAUAAUAGAACAAACAAAAGAAAAAAAAAAUAUAGAUUAAACAAUUAAAGAAACUAUAAAUUAAAAAAGAUUGAAAAUUGAUACAACACAUACAAAACUACGUCAACUAUUACGUAGACUACGUCAUUAAUACCGUUAUAUACUCGAGUAUAUAGAACAAAAGAACACAAGGAGAGCAAUAUCUACUUGAAACAAAAAAAAUUAAAACAAAACAAAAAGCAAAAAAAAUAACAAUUUUAUUUGAGCACUUACCUACAUACACUCAGGUUAUAUUAACAGUUAAAUUUACAACAAUAACAACAACAAGCUAACAUCAAGAAAGAGAGAGAGAGAGGGAGAAGAAGAAGAAUAAGCAUACAUGUUUAAUAUUUUAAAUUAAACAAAAUAAGCAAGCUGCUCAUUAUUUUAAAAUUACUUUUCGUUAAAAAUAAUUAAACUAUUCCCCGUGGACUCAUAAAGGUUUUUAGAGCAGAGUAUAGAGCACAUUAACAACUAUUAAGUGCUCUCUCAAACUUUUAAAAGGCAGACAGUGACAGUAAAGGUGUGACAUAAGCUGGAAAAAAUGGUUUAGGAUAAAGGCUUAAUUAAGAGAUCCUGGUCUGAGAAUCUACUUCUACUGCCAAAUGCAUAAACGCACAAAAUAUAAAACAACUACAGCUACAAUAACAAAAUAUUACUGACAUUUUGGCGGCUGCUAUUAACUGUACGUCACUCACUCCCCUGUCACCAGUCACCAGUAGUUGGUUGACUCACUAAAAUGAUGCUUAACAUUUUAAAUAAUUUCAAUUAAGCGAAAAUAUGAAUAUUUAAUGUGUUAAAAAGGGUUAAUUAGGCUUAAAAGGAUAAAGAAAUUGUUUUAACGUCAGCCAAUCCUCAGGUCAGGCAACAAAUUAAGCAAAACGGUAAAAAUGCCUUGAAUAUUAAGGGGUUAAUGAAUUAAUGAAAAAAAACGGCUCAAAUUUUAAGAAAACACAAAAAACAAUUGUGUCAUUAAAGGUUUUUACAGUUCAGUGGAAAUUUUACAACGAAAAUGUGGGAAUAAAGGAAAAUUUAAACUCAAAAUUUAAGAGAUUUUGAACCAAUGAUUUAAAAAAGGAAAUUUUUGGAAAAAUAAAGUAGACACAACAUGAAAAUCAACACAAAACUGUUUCGAGAGAGAACACCAUAACAACACAAAAGCAAAUUGAGAGGAAUUUAUGGCAAAUGAGCCAAGUUAAAGAGAAGAAGCCUAAUGGAGAGCAAAUUAACUUUUGAUGGAAACAUAACCUCAACAAAUUGAACAAGGUUUAAGGCUAAACUUGAAAUAAACUUGACAACAAGGUUAAACAAGUUUAAGUUUAAAUUCAAAAAAGAAACAAAUUUUAAAACCUGAAAUAAUGAAUGUAAAUAAUAAUAAAGUGAAAAUCAAACUUUGAAAAACAAUUAACAAAAGUUUAAUAAUGAAAUACAAAAAAUAAGAAACAUUUUGCAAAAGAAAAAUCCAAACAAAACUCAAGCUAUAAGAAACUGAUAUUGUGUAAAAAAGAUAAAAACAAAACUCAAACAUAACCUCAAAACUCAAGAAAUAAAACCAUCAGAAGCUAACAAAAGAACUGAACAGAACUAAUGAUAUUUGAAAAAAAUAAAGAAAAAGCUUUGCAAAUAAUAAAAGAAAAUCAAUAUUUAAUAAAUAUCUAUAUAAAAAAUUUAUAGAAGUUUUGAAAAAAACACCCUGUGAUAAAAAAAAACUAAAACUUAAAAUUGCACUAAAAAAAAAAUAAUAAAUAAAAAUACAAACUAGCUACGCAAUAUAAUAACUAAAUAAAUUUUUAAAUAAUCUCCCAAAAAAACUACUUUCUUUAACUACUACUUACAAGCUCUCAUUCUUUAACAAAAUCGCUAAUAAAAACCUACAAAAAUAUAUUAUAAUUUUAAACAAAUAAAACGAAAACCCACACGCUUUAAAUUAGUAAUAAUUAUAAUAAUAAUAAUAUAAUUAAUUAAUUCAUAAAUAAAUAAAUACAAAUAAAAUUUAAGUAAAUUAACAAUACUCCAAAAAACAUGGGUGAUGAAAUCGAUGAACGUACUCUCCGAGAGAAAUUACUCUUUUAUACAACUGCCUUUUUCAUAUUGCUUGGUACAUUUAGCCUGUUUGCAUUUUUGUUUUUGGUACCAUUCGUCAUAGAGCCAGCUUUUACUACCAUCUUUAUGGAAUUCGAGGAGGUGCCCGCCCUGUGCGAAACCUUUUCAAAGGUGCAACGCUUUGGGGCGCGCAACUGCAGUUGGGCUUCGUGUCGCGAGGGCUGCACCAGGGAAGUCUACGAUUGUACUCAGAUCAUGGUGAACUAUCGCCUGAAUCUCUACAACUACACAGAUGAGUUUAAUGUUACCGAAUAUCAUAUAAAUCUGAAGGAGGCUGAGAAGUAUGUGCCCCCCGUUAAGCGUACCGAUCGUUAUGAGCGGGCCAUACGUGAUGAUUAUGAAUACGAUUUGGGUGGCAAUGACCCACUGAUCAGUUCUUUGGAGGGUGGAGGUGUUGGUGGUGGUGGUGGCGGCGCUGGCUUAGGCGGUGGUGGCGGCAUGAUAAUGGAACAUUUAAGUUUUGGCGAUGAAGAUGGUUCGAAUGGUUAUCUUAUAGAAGAUUCUGCUAUAGAUCCAGAGAAUACAUUCAUUAAUGCCGAGGGCAAUGAUGUGUUUGAGGAAAUAUCGGAAUUGAAUAGAGGCCUUAUAAACAAUAGCGGCAUGUAUUUUUUCGUUGGUGCCCAUCUGUAUCCUAAUGUCAAGGGUUGUGGCUAUCCGCCCAUGUUAAAUUGCACCAUUUGGCUGAAGCGCUACAUGACAAUUGGUGUUAAGUUUCCCUGCUACUACUCGAAAGUGGAUCCUAGUGUGGUCAUUAGUCAUUUGGACUAUUGGCAGAAUACCCUGAAUUUGGUGUAUUCCAUGGCCAUUCCCAUACCCUCGUUCAUUAUAUCUGUGAUCUAUUUGACCUAUGCCUACUUUAAAAUCUACAAUGAGGACGAGGAGACGGUGCCGCUGGACAAAAAUGCCGAAGACAUGGAUAUCGAUGACGAGGGUGUGGACGAUAGUGAUGGUGCCGCAUUGGCUGACAAUGCUGCCGGCAGCCAAAUAAUCAAUAUACACGACUCGACGACCGGCGAGAGUUGUAUUGUUGAUGGUGUUCUACCCAAUGGUGGUCCCGGCAUGACCACCUCCAUAUCACAGCAUGGUUCGGUAACAACACCGGGCCAGUAUCGUGUUCAAACACCUGGUUCCCAGUUGACUCCCAAUUCGGAGAUCAACUCAUUUGGCCAUCAGCUAAAAGUCCAGAUGGCCGAUGAACUGUCCAGGGAUUCAUUGGAUAAUGGUGUUAUAUCAACUUCCAAUUCGGUGCAAGGGAACCUAAGUAAAACCAUGACGACGAGUAUUUCAACUCCACCUGGGCCUGUGGCGGCUGUAUAAAAUAGAAUCCCCUCAAAGAACUGGAGUAAAGAUAAUUUAGCAAAUACAACAAGUUUUUGGAACAAAAUCCCUAAAUGGAUUAAAAAGAUUAAAAAGAAAUUUUUAUUUACUAAAAAAAUAAAAUACUCUACUUUAGAUAAUUAGUGCAAUAAAUGCAAUAAUCUUAUAAAAUAAAUUAAUAACAAACAAACAAAUAACUUAAAUCUUAACAAAAUGCAAUGCAAUUUAACAACAACAACAAAAGAAUUACAUUCAAUUAGAAUAAUUAAUAAAUAAACUACAUAUAUUUACAUACAUUCACUCACUCACUCAUUAAAAUACUUUUUGAAAAGAAUUCAAAUUCAAAUCCACAGAAAUCACUUAAAUGAUCUGCAUUUAAAGGUAGUCUAUAGAACAUUCAAAUAAUGCUGUUUCUUUUAACAUUAAUAAAUAACUUAUGCUCUUACUUUUGAGAUCUUUGCAAGAUCACUUAACUAAAGUGUAUCUAUCGAAAUGAUCUAUGGAAAUACACAAUUUCUUUGAAUAAGUUUCUGUUUUCUAAAAUCUUCUAUUCCCAUUUAAUACAUUAGAUGUAUGACUUAAAAAUACGGGAUUUUUUCCAAUUUUUAGCUUUUAUUUUGAAUUAUUUGUACAAUAUAAAUUUAUUCAAAGUAUUGGCCAUUGUUAGCUAUGACAGUUUCCCAUAUUUCUGGCAACAUAUAGAUUCCGAGAUAAAAAAAAUUGCUCAUCUUUUGAGGGCAAGAGCAAAUCAAGCCAAUAUUUCAAAAUGAAGCUUAUCCCAGAGAGAGAGUUCUGCUUCGAUCGAAAGGUCUGCACUAUAAAGCGCGUGAGGCAAAACUUCCCAACCACAUCCUUCUAAAUAGUUUUUAACAGAUAUUGCAUAAUGUGGCUGAGUGUUGUCAUGAUGGAAUAUUACAGUUUCAUGCCUGGCCGCAUAUUUUGAGCGUUUUACGGCAGAUGCUCGCUUCAAACGAAUCUGUUGUGUUCGGUACAGGUUCCUUGUGAUGGUCUGGCCAGAUUUCAGCAGCUCAUAAUACAUAGGAUCCUCUUGGUCCCCCCAAAUACAGAGCAUUAACUUAGCGUCAUGGCUUUGAUGUCGAUUUGUCUGGUUGGCAAGUAAUGAUUCGGUGCAAAACUGAUUAUCUUUUGUAGCGUUGAAGCAUAAUUUUGGACAUGCAAAAUCGUCUUUCAAGGUCUCUCGGCUUCAAUUCGUAUGGUAACCAAUUUUCCAGCUUUUGGAAGAAUUCUGCUGAUCGCAAAAGUUUUGAAAUUACUGCUUGAGUAGCUACCAAUGAUUUUGCAAGCUCUUGUUGAGUUUUACAGCAAUCUUCAUGGAGUAAUGCCUCCAAUUCGUGGUCUUCAAACUUUUUUGGCUGGCCUGGACGAUCUUUGUCGAGUAAAAAUCAAAAAAUCGUUUGAUCCGAACGAACCAUCUCUCGCACGUCGAAACCGAUAGAUGGAACACAUUCGCCAUAAGCUUUGGUGAGCAAUCGGUGUGUAAAGUAAAGCAAAACUUCCCGCAUAUGACUGUUGUUGGCACACAAUUCGACAUUUUCGAAGAAGGUGUUAUUUGCACUAUAAUGUUCAAUAACUAAGUGAGAAUACAUUACAGACAUGUACCCUUCAAAAUGAUAUAAUUUAUUAAGUCAUACACCUAAUAAUAUAUUUUCGAUAAAUUCAUUGAAAUUUAGUGUUGAAUCUUUCUAUAUUUGACAUGACAACGCUGAUAUUUUCAUAUCUUUGGGACACCAUUAUGGGAGACUCCCCACUCAAGCUGGAUGGUAUUAUCUUUGAACUCUAAAAACUAAUUGUAAAGACAACAAACUUCAGCGUACUGUUUACAGAAAGACUAUUCCUCUGUAAAAUUAUUUUACAACUGUAAACCAAAUUCGCCCGUACCCCUAUUCACGAACUGGCAGACAGUGCUUAAAAAAUUGAUACAUUUUGGGAAAACUGGAAAUAUCUUAUAGAAUAAACUUUUUAAAAGUAAUGGGAAUAAAAGCAUCAUCAAAAAAAUAUUAAAGUUUUAUCAUUAUUUUAUAUAAAUAUGAUUAUCCUUAGAGGUUUUAAUGUUAAGCAUCUCAAUAAUUCCUUUAAAAUUUCCAUUUGUAUUAUGGCGACCUACUCAUUUUUCAUUGAAAUGAAUUUUGUAAGACGCCUAAGUGGUGAUUGACAACUGAAUUAACCCAAUUUCAAACAGAAAUUUUCAAUUUAAUUUGGAUAUUUUCUCAAUAUUAGUUUUUUUUUCUCAAUUUUAUGUUGAAAAUCUCAAUUUCUCAAUUGGAAUUUUCUAAAUAUUAAAUGAAAACUCUCAAUUUUAUUUGGAUUUUUCUCAAGCUCAAAUUAAAUUCUCAAUUUUAAAUAAAAGUUCUCAAUUUCAAUUGAAGUUUUCACCAUAGAGAACAUAGAGCAAGACAACAACUAGAUAGGUAACUGAGAGCAAAAAUCCCAAGUCUGUUGUCAAAAACCUAAUUCAUGAGAAUGUAUUGCAUGUAUUUUGUUAUUGUAUCACCCGUAUGUGUGAAAAGAGAGUAAUUUUUCCAUAUAUAUUACUCUCUCCUUCCGUUCUAUGUGUUUAUUCUAUGACAUAGAGCGUUAACUAGAAAAAAACUCACAUAGUUUCACAUAGUUUUUUUUUUUACUAAUACAUUCUCACCACUUAGGUUUUUGACAACUGAGUUAGGUCUUUGACAGGAGAGUUUCCGCUCUAUGUCUAUUCCCUAUGGUUUUCACAAUUUUAAAACGAAAUUUGAGUUGGAAUUUUCUCAAUAUAAAUUUAAAAUUCACAAUUUCUCAAUUUAAAAUAGAAAUUUCCAACCAUAGAGAAUAGACAUAGAGCGGAAACUCUCCUGUCAAAGACCUAACUCAGUUGUCAGAAACCUAAGUGGUGAGAAUGUAUUAGUAGAAAAAACUAUGUGGAAACAAAAACAACUCUCGUAUAUGUGAUUAUUUUGAGUAAUUUUUUUGCUUGAGUUUUUUCUAUGUUUCCGCUCUAUGUUCUCUAUGUUCCCAACUUCAUUUGGAAUUUUCGCAAUAACAUGUACAAUAUUCUCAAUUUGAAUUAAAGAAGGUGUGAAAAUGUUAAUUUUACUGUUUUAUUCACACAGAGAAAUCGAAUUUAAUGAUAAACAAAUGAUUUACUCUAAAUGACCGAAUUCUGUUUUUCUGAGUUCUGUUUUGACUGAAAACUUUUAGUUGGGGUAACAGAAAUUCGGUUACUUAAAUCUUAAUUCUUCUGUGUCAUCUGACUUUCUGUUUCUGCAAUAAAUCUGUUCUGUGCAUAAGUAAAACCGUACACUUAAGAAGAAAGCUUUCCCGAAAUUUUCUAAAAAAAAUAUUAUCGGAAAAUAUUUAGCUAAUUGGAACCCUAAAUGUAAUUCAAGAAUAUACCAGUUUCUAACAAACAUUUUCUCUAUAUCGGAUUUAGGCCAUAGUCGGCCGAAAGUUUUACCGUAUUGAUUCAAUUAAACAAUCAUGCCAAGGAUGAAGAACACAAAUCUGAAUACAUUAAGAAUACAUUAAACUUUUCCGACUUUUCACCAUGAGUGGCAAGGGUUUAUAUUAGUUUGUCAUUCCGUUUCAUUUUCCAUUUGCGACUUCACAAAGUAUAUAUAAUCUGGAUCGUUAUAGAUAGCGGUGUUGAUAUAGCCAUGUCCGUCCGUAGCUCCCAUCCCGUAUAGACCCGGUUCAGUUGCUAAUUAAAAUCGUGAAAAUCGGAAAAUUGGCUGAGAUAUAAGGAAAAAAUAUAUCUGGAUUACUAUGUCAUUAAUAUUGACAAUAUGAAUAUCUAAUGAUAGAUAUUUCAAAGACCUUUGCAAGGACUUACAUAACGCCAUAGUAAGUUGGACCUACAACGAGUCAAAAUCUGGAAAAAUAUUUUUCAUCCCGAGUUUUAUUUUAACCCGAGUCAAAUUAAAUACAACAUGAAUAAUAUUACUUUCAAUACUAUACCAUUUCCAAUUGUUUUUCAGAAAUUUCCAUUUGUAUUACAGAAUUUUUUACAUAUUUGUAUUUCAUUAAUUUCCAUACACAUAGAGCGGAAACUAGAAAAAAAAAACUCAAACAAAAAAAUUACUCAAAAUAAUCACAUUUGACAACUGAGUUAAGUGUUUGACAGGAGAGUUUUCUAGUUUUCUCUACCAUAGAGAAAUACAAAUAGAUUGGAAACUAGAAAAAAAAAUAAACAUAAAAUUACUCAAAAUAAUCCUACAUACGAGUGUUGAUUUCGUUUUCACUAAGGCAUUCUCACCACUUACAUAUGGUUUUGACAAUUGAGUUAGGUCUAUGACAGCAGAGUUUCCGAUCUAUAUGUAUUUAUCUAUGUCUGAUACUGAUUUCUUGAAGCUUUCAUUUUCAUUUACUCAUACUCUUUUUCUAACAAAAAAAAAACAUAAUUCCUCAAAUUAAUUUACUAUACUUUUAUGCUUUGGUUUAAUGAACUAUGAUAGUUCACUUUAAUAAUAAUAAUAAUUAUUUAUAACUGCAAUAAAUUAUAAAAUAAAUAGCUACUUUAAAAUAACAACCCAACAACUGGCAUUCUAAAAUAAUAAAAGAAAAUUUGUAAAAAAAAACCUUAAAAAUAUUAUAUAUUUACUUCAAUUGGUACAAAUUACAAGAAAAAUCUUUGAAUAAAAAAACCAAAAAAAAAUAUUUAUACAUACACUUAACUAAUAAUAUAAAUAUUUUUUUAUUAAUUGUCAAGCUCUUUCUGAUAAUAAAUAGCAUUAAAUAUUAAAUUAACAAACAAAAAAACUCAAAAACAAAAUAUUUAAUAAACCUAUAAAUAAAUUAAAACUUAUAAAAAGUAAAAAAACUUUAGCAUUAGCAUUAUUAUUAAUAAUAAUAAAAAUUAAGCUACAUUAUAUUUAAAAAACAAUAAUACAUAAAAAUGAUAUUUAAAUAAUAUUAAAAUAACAAAAAAACAUAUUUAUAAUAACAAAUUAAAUGCGUAUUGCAAAACUCACAGCUUUAAAUAAUUGUAAUUUAAAUUAACAAAAAAAAAAACCCAACAACAAGAAACCAACUCGGAAAACGAAUAAAACAGAAAACCAAAUUUAAUAAA